CCAACCUCACCUCACUCAGCUCGUCUCUCAACAUCUCCCUCCAACCUUACCGUGAGCGAUGCGAGACCUCACUCCUCUCUCGCCCCGAGCUCCAGUCUCUCGUCGCACGUACAUGGCAUGAGCCCCGUGGGGCCGACGUCGCCGCCCCGCCGCACCCGCCCGCGCGACAAUGGAUGCCGCCAGCUCCCCGCGGCCCAAGCAGGCUGCCUGCCUCGUCUGCCGCCGCAGCAAGAUCAAGUGCGAGUGGACGCCGCCCGACGGCCGCUGCAAGCGCUGUGUCCAGCUCGACUGCGAUUGCGUGCGGCCCGACUUCCACGCCGGCAGGCAAAAGGGCAUCAAGAACAAACGCGUCGGCCUGGACAAGGCGCUGUACCAGAUCGAACAGGCCGUCAAGCGAGCCAGGGGAGGACAAAAGCACAGCACCGACGAUGCCAAGGUCAUGACGCACCUGCGCGACCUGCUGGGCGGAGCUGUCGACACCGCCGAGACAUCGCCCAGCCAGGCGUCGGCGUCUCAGCAGCGGUCCCACGGUGACACCGAGGAGACGUCGUCCAGUGGCGAUGAUGACGACGGCGACGGCGAGGAUACCGGGGGCGCCGCGUCCAUGGCCAACAACUUUGUGCACCGCACUGAGGAAAGCCUCGCAAUUGACGAUGCCGAGAACCCCCUGCAGCUGCUCGCCCGUGCCUCGUACAUCCAGCCCUCCAGCGACUCGCGUAGUAGGCCGUCGCCCCAGGUGCGCCAGAGUUUCCACCAGAGCCCGGGGCAGGCCGACGAGUCCGCGGCUCUCGAGGAAUUCUUCACCUCGACGCACGUGAGCCUCGAUGUCGGGGAUGACAUUGAUCCCAUCACGCUCGGCCUGGUCACGCAGGAGGAGGCAGAGACUCUCUUUUCUUACUUUCAUGCCAACCUGGCACACACGCGUUGGGGGCUGGACCCCAGGAUACACGGCGUCUCGUUUACCCGUGGGCGCUCCGCCUUCCUCUGCGCGUCCGUCAUGGCCGCCUCGGCCUUGUUCAUGCCCUCGGCGGCGGCCCUAUCCAAGAGGCUUUCGAACCACGUCAAGGCACUGGCGCAGAGGGUCAUGCUCCGCAGGCACAAGUCGGUCGAGAUUGUCCUCGCCUUCAUGAUCAACAUCCCGUGGAUGUUCCCAGGCCAGCACAGCACGGAUGACGAGGCAUGCGUGUACAUCUCCAUGGCCACAAGCAUCGCCAUUGAUCUGUCCCUCCACAAGGUUUUGGUGCCGACGGAGCUGCUGCAGCAAGGCUCCAAGCUGACCCUCGCGCGCGGCGAGUGUCUCGACACUCGCAUGGCCCUGGCCCUUGACGGCUUUCCGGACGUCGAGCCGUGGUCAGACACGGGAAAGCUGCUUCUGCGUAACAGGGAACGAUGCUGGAUCUCCUUGUUUGUUCUCGAGCGAGGCAUGUCCCUCGCGCGAGGGCGGCCAUUUGCUGUGCCCGUGACCCGGGUGAUCAAGGACUGCGAUAAUUGGCACCGCACAUCCCAGAGCGACGUCCAGGAUGGCGCCCUGGUAUCCAUGGCCGUUCUGCGGAGGAACCUGGACGGCCUCUUCAGCACCGUGCGAUCCCUUUGCGACGGAUCGCAGAAUGCGACGAGCGACGGGUCGCUGAUAGCGCAGUCGAUACAGGGCUCCAUCGAGCGCUUCUUCGACCAGUGGCUGACGGAAUGGGGCGCCUCCAUCGGUAUCGGCCCGCAGCGGCGUCUGCCACCCUACGUUGAGAUUCUUGUGACGCACACGCGCCUGUCCGCCUAUGGAGGCAUCAUCAACCACCCCACGGCGCCGACCGAGGUGCGGCGCUUCUUCCGGACUGCGGGGCUGUCGUCUGCCCUCAACGUCAUGAGGGCCGCUAUUCAAGGGGAAUCCCAGCUACAGUCGAUGCCCAACAACACGACCAUCAUGAUCUCAUUCGCGGCAUGCUUCGCCCUGACGCUCAGCGCCUACACGACGGGCAGCUCAACGCUGGCUCCUAGCAUCAGGAAACUGAUCGACGAGGCGGCGGGCGUGCUAGAGCGCAUUGGCACGGUGACGGAGCAUCGCAAUGGGCUGUCACUGCUGUACGGCAAAUACUUGCGGCAGAUUGUCCAAAAGGCAACCGUCGCGGGCGUUUCGGCGCCGGCGCACCAGGCAAACUCGGCCGCCGCGCCCCAAAUGGCCGUCGGCGAGCCCGUGGCGGCGCAGCCCAGUUUCAUGGCACAACAACAGCUGCUGUGGCCGGAGCCGCUGCAGUUCUCGGCCAUGUCGGACGACCAGAUCGCGCACGUGCUGAACCAGCCGGGCAACGAGUUUGAGCCGUCAUUUGGCGGCCUGUCGUGGGCAGACAUGAACAACUUUGACUGGCUGUACUGGCCCGAAUUUUGAAAUCGAGUUUACCUGAUCUAUGAGGAGACAUACACAGCUGCAAUGCCCGCAUCUGCCGCUACAGUUUACAGGUCGCCGCGUCCCGAGGAAAGAGUUGCAACUGCGUGAUCUUCCGCAACUGUUCCAUGAAGACAAAGGUGAGUACCGUGUGCGGCCUUGACUGGGUCAGCGAACGCGCUCAGUGUGGACUUGGGAAGGAGGCGACUAAACGCACGUCAACCGCAGCCAGGCGGGUGUCCAUCCCUUCAUGAGGAAUCGCGGGCCCUCUUCCCGCAACCCCGACCGGAUCACUCGAAGGAGACUCUGCGAUAAGUCAGCUGCUGAUCCUGACAACGGCGUGCUACCUCGGAGUCUGUGAUAACGCUUACAUCCUUGCCUGCGCUGUUCUGCAUGCGGCUCUUCAGCACGUCGGCCGGGGCGCAAAGCGUGGUGGCGACGGUGCCAGCAGCGAGCGACGACAGAACGUGCGUCGCGAUGUCGUCGUUGCGCCCCGCGGACCGAACAAGAUGCUGCUUAGCGGAUACAUACCUGGAGCGCAUGAGCAU